AUGGUGUAUCCAGAGUCCAAGAAGCCGAUUACCAAGGCAGAUGUGGCUGGAUAUGAGAAGCUUCAUUUCCGAAGCGUAGUAGGUGGUCUGGGUUUUGUAGCAAAUGCAACAAGACCAGAUAUUGCCUAUGCAGUCAAUCAACUGAGUAGGAAUCAGGAGAAUCCAAAGUUGAAGGAUUGGAGAUUGAUGAAAAGAGUCAUCGAUUAUCUCCGAGGCAGUGCUAAGUUAGUGCGUGCCUUGGGAGACACCAUCAGUUGGAAGAGAGAGAAAGAUACCGUUGUUCAUGAAGAUAAUCUUCCUGCUGAGUAUCUGGCUAAAUCUAAGAAAACUGGUAGACUGAAACAUGUUGAUAUCAGUUAUCACAUGACGAAAGAUUUGGUAGAGAAAGGUAGACUGAUUGUCAAGAGAGAGGAGUCUAAGAAUCAAACAGCUGUUUUCUUGAUGAAACCUCUUGAUCCCAAGCUGUUCUGCAGGUGCAGAGAAGAGUGUAUGGAUGGAAAUUCGGAGGGAGCAAAUCCCUGA